AUGGCUGACCCUUUAAGCGUCGCAGCCAGCGUUGUUGGCCUCCUUACAGCUGCUGCUCAGGUUUCCAAAAUCAUUGCGAAUGUCGCCAAUAAAGCUCGUCACGCGCCAGAGGAAUGCAGACGCAUCAAGUCUGAAGUCGAUGAUAUUCGAAACGUGCUUGUUACACUUCAGCUUUUUAUUCUCAAUCCUCGUCAGGCUUCCCGGUCACGAACGUCUCUGAUUAUGGUUGAACAAGUUGUCGCUACAUUGGCUGCUUGUGUGACUACAUUCUCAGAAUUGGACACAUUUGUCACGGUUCUAGAGAAUGACGUUGGCAUUUUGGAUCGGCUACGUUGGGCAAGUAAAUCCAAGGACAUCCAAGGCAUCCUUGUACGGUUAGAAUCUCACAAAAGCUCCUUGACCCUGAUACUUACCAUAUUGACGUGUCAGAGCCAAGAUGAUGCCGAAAGCCGGGUGGACAAACUCUGCGACUUGGUAGAAGAGAUGCUAUUCCAAAAUCCGACACUGAAACAGAGACUUGCUGCUUUGGAUACAGGUGGUCAAGCAGCUGACCCUGGAGACACAAUAGAUACAAGGCUGAACGAAACAAGCGUCGAAGCGACUGACGAGGGAGAAGAUGUCCCUCCCGCAGCAGAUAGCCAACCAAGGUGGCAACGCAAUGCCUAUGGAUUCACCUUUGAAGAAGUCCUAAUGAGUUCGAGGGCUUACCGCAUGGUGGCAACAGACAACUCUGAUGCGUUUUCGGUGAUAAGCUCCGCCGGCAGAACCGCAUCCUGGUCUAUGCUGUCUGGACUCAGUCUCUCUGAGAUUUCGCACAUCGGUAUACAGGCCAUUCCAAUAUACGUAACGGACAUCACAAACAAAGAGCACUAUGACUUUUCUCCAGGCGCGGGCAACGCUGUUCCAGAGACCACGACCUUUGAUGGGAACCAUGGGUUACCAAAACUAUCCCGGCGGGAUCGUAUAAAAGGCUUGUUAUUAUUCCGAACCCAACGGCCACAGGCACUUAAUCGAGAACAUGAACAUACGCCCACGAUAUUUGGGGUUGCCCUUGCGACAAGUAUACCAUAUGCGAAUAUUGCAAUCAGCGUCCAUGAUGAGGAUGGACGCGCUAGUAUAUACGGUUAUAUACCUAUUGUUGUUGGCAAAACUGGCAUUUACUUGAAGGAAAAAGGAUCGGACGUUGAGGAUAUCUUUGCGACCACUGGAAAUCCCGUGCGAAUGAGUGAACUCCAGACGAUAUUUGACUCUCCGAGCAGAUUUGGCAAGGGUUUAGUUUGGGACGGAUUCACAGUCCAUGACGCAGCAGGGAUUCUACUUCGCUAUCUCAAAAGCCUGCCCGAGCCAGUCAUCCCGUACCGACACUACAACAGUUUUGUUGACGAGCUGGGGCCAUUCAUUGACCGAGAGCUGUCACCAGAGGAAUGUUCCAAGGUGAUUGGCUUGGCUGCCAACCUUUGUAUGGAUCUGCCCCCGCUGAACCGCCAAUUGCUGGUGUAUUUACUUGAUGCGCUGCACGUAUUUGAGAAGAAGUCUUCUGUUAAUAAAAUGACAGCUCUCAGACUGGUCAGCAGCUUUCAACCUUCCAUCUUAUCAGGGCCGCCGGAUAAGAUGGACUCUGAGGCACAUCAUGUCAGUGCUAAUGUGGCAAUACUGUUGAUAGCUCAUGAGACAGAGAUUUUGGAAGCUAUGAACGGGAAAUCCGCCGAAAGUACCACGGAAACUCCCUUGGAAAGAUCCCAGACGAUGUAG